AUGGUCCUCACAGACUAUUUCCAUGAAAAUCCGGCCAGUUCUGUUCCUUUUCGACUUUGUAUUGAUGGAAAAUGGAUUCUUGUUGAUGAACAACUUUUAAGGGCACAUCCUGGAGGAGGGGCAAUGCUUGCCUAUCGAAAUUUGGAUGCAACUGCUGUUUUUCAUGCUUUUCACGCCGAUUCAAAACUUGCAUAUAGCUGGUUGAGAGAAUUACGGGCUAAACAAACAACUGUAGAUUCUUUAGAGGAGAAUGGUAUUGUACACGAUUUAGCAGACGGAGAACAAAAGGAUGAAAACGAGGAAAAGACUGAUCUCCACGAAAAAGAAAUUAAAAAGCGUCUUUUGAAUGUUAAUAUGGGAAAAUUUGAAUUAAAUUCAGAAGAAAGCGAAAAGGUUUGCCAGUCAUUUUCAAGAUUAAAAAUUCAAGUUAGAGAAAAGGGGUUAUUUAAAGCAGAUAAUAGCUAUUUUGCAAGAAAAUUUAUUGAAGCAAUUGGUCUCAUUUCUUUUUCACUUUUUCUACAAUCUAAAGAAUAUUUUGUAUCAUCUGCACUUUUUAUGGGUUUGGCAUGGCAACAAUUGGGGUGGAUGAUACAUGAGAAUCAUUGGUGGAAUGAUUGUUGUGGUUAUGUUUGUGGAAAUUUCCUUCAAGGCUUUUCUCUAGCAGGAUGGAAGAAUCAACAUAAUGUACAUCAUGCUGCUACAAAUAUAGACGGUAGAGAUGGAGAUUUGGAUUUACUUCCUUUAUGGGCUACUGUUGGAACACAUUUGAUGAGAUUAGAAGGCAAUUCUUUAUAUGCUCGAUUAAUUCCUUUUCAACAUUUAUAUUGGGCUUUUGCCCUUCCUUUGCUUCGUCUUUCUUGGCUUUUACAAACUUUACAAUUUGUUUUUAGUAUGCAAUCAAAUUUACAGAGAAAGAGCUUUAAUAGAACAAUUAACAGUUAUUGCUCAUUGGACGUUGGUAUUGGAUCAAUAUUAUUUUUUACCUAA